UUCUCAGUCCACCUUCUGAACCUCUAAGCCUUGGUUCAUAUUCUUUGGUUCUUAUUGUUAGUGUUAUCAACGUCAUGUUUUCCACUGUUUCGGCCACUUUUUCACCGGAUUCGAUGCUCGACAACGAUCCAAUUCCUGAUAUCGAAACCAACAUCAUGAAGUGGGAUUGGUCGGAACUUUUCUCGCCCAGCCAAUCAACCGGUUCCGCAAGGUCGUCGGGCACCGGUUCAGAUGAAGCGAAACAAAGCCUCACCGGUGGUAGUACCAGCUCCCUUAAAGAUCCAAACCAACGGGUUCCCACCAUCGACGAACGAAAGCUACGGCGAAUGAUAUCGAACCGGGCUUCAGCACGGAGGUCACGGAUGCGUAAGCGGAAUCAUUUAGAAAAUCUAACGAAUGAGGUGAAACAACUUCAAAUCCAGAACCAAGAACUCAACAACCGGUUGAAGUCCCUUUCCGACCUCAAUCAUUGUCUGAGGAUAGACAACAAUCGGGUCCGAUUUGAAUGUAGUAUCCUGCAACAAGAAGUAUUGGAUAUGCGUCAACUUUUGGUAUUCACAUAACUUCAUCAGUUUUCAUGAAAUCAAGUUACAGUCUAUUACUUGACUCUUGUCAUUCGAUCAAACCUCACCAUUAUAUACACACACAUACUAUCAUGAAGUUCUUUAUAUUAUAUUAUUUUACCAUAAAAUCUGUAAUCUUGGCACUUGAUAUUAUUGCUGUUAUAUUAAUUUAAAGAUUGUAAUUUGGAAUUUUUUUCAAUUUAAAAAGUG